UUCCCAUCAUCAGGUUUUCCCCACUAUAGCCAACCGCACAAAAUCGAAAAAUCUCUCGGUGUCGCAUUAGUGUUCAACGUAUCGGCGACCUGUUCACCUUGCGAUAAGUGAUGCGAGUGCACGUGAUUCUCCUGUUUUGCGCUUACGUCAGCGGCCAGGAGCCGGGGCCGCCGCCCCCGCUGCCCGCCGCCAACGAGGCCCUCGUCGAGCAGUACAAACUGGCCCUGGAGGCGGUCUUCGGCGUCGGGAUUCGCCUCCAGGCCUUCCUCGAGGGGGAGGAAAGGGAGAAUUUCCUCGUCAGUCCGAUUAGUGCGACUGUUAUUCUCGGACAGUUGAUUCUUGGAGCCGAAGGCGAAUUCCGGAAGCAAUUAGUCGAGUUAUUGGCCUUGCCCAAGGGUCACCUCUACGAAAACGAAAAUUACUACGAAAAGAAGAAGAAUGUCACGUUCCAGUUGCCCUAUUCUACGCUGCAUUUACAGCUCGCGAGCUUGGUCAAGAAGCUGGAGGCGGCAAACGACACAAAAAAACAUUUUACGCUCAAGCAGAAAAGUGCGCUCUUUAUUGACCACUCUGUCAAACUGAAUAAGACGUUCAAAAUGAAUCUCCAAAAUUUUUACAAUACCAAGAUUAAGAUGUUUGAUUUUCAAAAUAAACAAACUGAGGCUUUAAGUUGGAUCAACACUUGGGUGUCUAACAACACUCGCGGCCUCAUCACUUCCAUCCUCCCUGAGCCGCCCUCCCCCACCACUCUCUCGAUUUUCGCCAACUACAUCUACUUCAAAGCCGACUGGGAGCUCCCCUUCAGCCACGAAUUGAACCGUGACGGCCUCUUCAGCGUCACCACCACCGAAACCAUCCCCGUGACCUACAUGCUCAACUUCCUCGAGCAAAUCCCCUACUUCGAAUCCCCCGAAUUCCGCCUCAUUUCCAUCCCCUACGUCGACCAGGAACUGGGGAUGUACCUAAUCCUCCCGAACAACGACAAUCCCCACAAAUACGAUAUUAAAACAUUCGCCCAGAAUUUGAAAUCGAGACAGAUUUUGGACAGUUUGAACCAAACCCGUCGCAAGGACGUCGUGGUGAAAAUCCCGAAAAUGUCCCUUCGGUACAGUUUCAGUCUCUUGAACCAGUUGAAAAAAUACAGGGCGUUCAAAAAGACAAACAUUAAAAUCAACUCGACGAAUGUCGUCGAUAAGCUUGACGAUCGAGUCGACGCCUUCAACAACUUCACAAAAGUGGACGAAAAAGACGUGUUUUUGACGGGGGCGGCUCUGGGGGCGGGUCUCCGCGUCGACGACAUGAUCCAACAGGUGGCAAUCACGGUCAACGAGAAGGGGACGGAGGCCGCCGCCGUCACCGCCGCCACCAUUGACUACAUGGGCGGCUCGAAGAACUUCGUCGUCGAUCGGCCCUUCAUCUUCUUCAUACGACACGAGGCCUCCGGUGCGACCCUCUUCUGGGGCACCGUCUCCAAGCCCAAAUAGACACAAGACUGAACUAGUGAUAAGUGACUUUGUAUUUAUUUAUUUUUUAAUUGAAUAAAGCGAAAUUACCUC